CAGCGCACACACGUCAUCCUCACCAGCGGUGAACGGCGCCUUCAACCGUUUGCCCUGGGGUCGCCGUCGCGAUCCAUCCACGAUCCAUUCAUCGGAAAUCAUCGGACUCAUCGAUUUUGGACAUUAGGAAUUUGCCCGGAAGUGAUCCAAGUUGUGUAUCGAGUUGUGUGACAUUGGCUGGAGUCGUGUGAAAUCGUGGACCGCUUCAAGAUUAAAGACUCUCUCUCUGCUGUGAAACUUAUCGAAUUCGAUGGAAAUACGAAGAAGAAUAGCGGAGGAAAAAGUUUGGUGUACAAGAGGAUGAUUGAUUUCAAUAAUAAUAAUGUUUAAACGAUAUUUGUUUUCCUUGAGGCAGAUCGAAUGAUUCUUCGUGCUCGAAAUUUCAAAUCAUAAUUAACUAAAUGCAAAGAAAUUCCAGAUUUAUAUCUCGAUGAUUACGAAUAAAUUAAAGAUGAAAUGGAGAGACCAGUUCGAUAAAGGUGUGGGACGUUAUUGGUGAUCAGAAACAUGGAAUGUGAAUCGAUUAAAGGACUGGAACCAAGAAUCUUGAUGAUGCCGACGGACAGUCAGGAUAUUGUAAAGUUGAUUAUUAUUGAUGUGUCAACAUUCAAGUCUCGGAGACUAUAUUUUUGUCAUGAGGACGAGAGUUUCUUGAAUUUAGUGUCGUCGAUUCGUGUCGCGAUGUGUAUAGCUUGAAAUUAUUCGCGAUAAAUUUGUACAAUUUCUGAGGACGGUAUGAAAAACGUGUACUGUGACUGAUGGGAAAGAAUUUUACGCGAAACUUGAAUCAUAUUCAAUGUUGGAUGUUCGACAAUUAAUCGGAAGUCGGUGAAAGUGUUCGGGCUGGUAGGAAGAAAGUCGUGUUGUGUGAGCUGUGCUGCUGGGUGCGAUUAGACGGCGAAAUUUCCAUAAUUUCUGCCUACCAUGCAACCAUUCGCGACGGGCAGCACAAUGGCGACCGAGACACCGACGAGCCUGCCGCCCGAGAGGGUGACCUCCCCAACGCCCUGUCGCAAUCUCACCUUCUCUAUCGCGAAGAUUAUGGAGCCGGACAAGCGACUGACCGAGCAAAACGCUAAUCAGAUAGCAACGCCUACGGUACCAGCGACGACAGCAACGACAAUUUUGCAACAACCACCGAGCAUCUCUUCUCCGUCGUACUCGGCGCAUCUGAAGUCAGCGUUCGAGAAGUACGUCCCGACACUGAGGCACCAGGAUCUGCUGCAGCAUUACCCUGUAUUAUCCAAAUACUAUCCGCUGUACUAUCCUAGUCCCUUAUUGAGGGCCUUCCCGGGUCCACCCGCUUCGACCCCCUCGGUCACCCAGAGCUCGCCACCUCCGACGACCAUUCAGGAGGCAUCCUCGAGGCUCAGUCUCGCCAACAUGUCGCCGGAGAAUCAGCGGAAGAAGAGUCCGGCGCCGCGCGGCGAGCUCGGCACCGUGAAUAAACAGAAGACCUUCACCUGUCCGGAGUGCGGCAAGGUGUUCAACGCGCAUUACAAUCUUACGCGACACAUGCCGGUACACACGGGCGCCCGGCCGUUCGUUUGCAAGAUCUGCGGCAAGGGUUUCCGGCAAGCGAGCACCCUCUGCCGACACAAGAUCAUCCACACCGCCGAGAAGCCGCACAAGUGCGUGACCUGCGGCAAGGCGUUCAAUCGUAGCUCGACCCUGAACACCCACACGCGAAUACACGCCAAUUUUAAGCCGUUCGUCUGCGAGUUCUGCGGCAAAGGAUUCCACCAGAAGGGCAACUACAAGAAUCACAAGUUGACGCACAGCGGCGAGAAAGCGUACAAGUGCAACAUCUGUAACAAGGCGUUCCAUCAGAUCUACAAUCUCACUUUCCACAUGCACACGCACAACGAUAAGAAACCAUUUUCCUGCAAGAUCUGCGGCAAGGGCUUCUGCAGGAACUUCGACCUGAAGAAGCACAUGCGGAAGCUGCACGACGCAGGCUCGCCGGUUCUCAGCGGAUUGGACGCCUCGGGCCAGAGUCAUAACCAGCAGUCGGGCUACUCGUCGGUGUACCAUGGUCCGGAACACUCGAUUGUCAAUCCGUUUAUACUUGCCCCGCCUGGAUCUACGAGUUACCAUUCUCUUAGUAAGAUGUUGUGACAGAGCGAAAACAUGCAUUAUCCUAGGAAGACACAGUAUCCGCUCAUUCUCGGCUCACCUUGCUACUCGGCUGACAUGGGCCAAUUAGCGCAAACCUCGAAAUAAAGGGCAGAGAGGAAAAACGCCAAAGAAUUUGCGUCCGAUAUCUCUUGCUUGGACAAAAUAUAUCCCGCUUUUGUCAUAACGAUGAAUCGGAAAAUACAUUCACGAUAUAUAUUUAACUGAGAAAAAAUGUAUACAACAUUUUGAAAACGUGAUCGAGAGCCGAUAAAAUCUCUCUUGUAAGUGCAACACAAGUUUUAAUAUAUAACAAGAAAUAAGUAAUAUUGAUGGUUUGUUCGAUAAAAUCUCGACAGUUGGUUGUUCAUCUGCAUGAUUAAAAAAUUGAGAUUAAAGUUAAAUUGAAAAGCGAAAUAUAACGAAUGAUUCAAAUAAAAUUAUCACUCGAUUUUCUUACCUUUAUAUGUAUAUCGAGAUAACGGUAUUUCCGGUAGUUCUCUAUUUUUAUAACGUAACUCUGACACGUUAAUUAAAUUUUUAUCAAAUUUAUUCUUUCAAAUUUAUAUAUA